AUGGCAUCAUUUGCUGAGGACACCAUAGAGACUGCUGCCCUUGGGAGACCAUUCCGUCUUGGGAUGCUGUACGAUUGCCGAAAGGAUGCCCUUAUUCCAGGUGUAACACUGUGGAAACGUGAGGAGCUGAAGAACAAUACUGAGGAACACCAACAACAAAAUACAGAAUUCAAUAUCACGGCAUCAGACUCAAUUGAUGAGAAGUCAAAUUCAUUGAAUGUAUCUGGAUCUCUGAAACUAAGUCUCCUUGGAGGGCUGGUGGACGUGGCAGGAUCAGCUAAAUACUUCCAAGACACAAAGAAAUCUCAUAAACAACAGCGGCUCACUCUCCAGUACAAAACAACAACAAAGUUUGAAGCUUUGUCAAUGUCUCAUGUUGGCCGUGGGCAGGUCUCCCAUCCCAACGUUUUUGAAGAUGAUACAGCCACACAUGUUGUCACAGCCAUCUUGUACGGGGCCAGUGCUUACUUCAUGUUUGACAGAGAAUCUUCCAACAACGAAGACAAGAAACAAGUAGAGGGGGAGGCCAAACUGUUGAUGGAUAAGUUGAAAUUUCUCAAAAUAAAUGCAGAUGCAUCUUUUGACAUGGACAAAAGAGAGAAAUCUGCUGUGGAAAAUUUUUGUUGUACUUUCCAUGGUGACGUACAGCUACCCAGUAACCCAUCAUCAUUAAGGGAGGCUGUGGAUUAUUACAAAGAUCUACCAACACUUAUUGGAAAAAAUGGAGAGGAUGCUGUUCCAGUCAAGGUGUGGCUGUACCCUCUGGUGAAGCUGGACUCAAAAGCUGCAAAACUACAAAGAGACAUCAGCACCAGUCUCAUCGAACGCUCAUCAGAAGUAAUAGAGCAUUUAAACGAGACAGAGAUGAAAUGCAAUGACCUACUGAAGGACACAGCAGCAACAUUCAAUGCCAUGGAGGAGAAAAUUGAGACUUUUAUGCAAAACUGCCAUCAGUACAAGCUGGAGUUUGUGCAGAAGCUCGGGUCAGUGCUCCCCUCUAUCCGAGGGGGUGGGAAAGAGGAGAGUGCCCUUGAAGACAUCCUUAAGGCUCAUGAGAAAUCGCCUUUCAACAGCAAAGAUCUGGAUCAGUGGCUAACCCAGAAGGAAAAUGAAUCAGACACAGUGAAUUCCCUCCUUAAGCAGCUUCAGAAGCUAGGAGCAAAAAUUGAGGACAACUUGGAUGACCUUUUGUCUGAUUUAGACAUCACAAAUAUUGUCAGCUUCACAUUUACCUCUAUAGAACAGCCUGAUAGAAGCCUCAUGAAACAAUCACAUUUCCUUUCACCAGCAGGGAUGAUGAGUCAAAGCCCAGAUUCUGAUACUCCACAAAUCAGAAAUACAGACUGGCUCUAUGCUGAUACAAGACAAAACAUGAAGAAACAGUUACAACUGUUUGGAAAGUUGAUGAAGCUGGCCAACAGUGAUGACACCAAAUUCAUAGUUGCAUCCAAACACAAUGAGCGUUAUCCUGGAGCCUGCAUAUUCUUAUAUGAAGAUGGGAGUGACAAGCCUGUCCCAUUCACCCCUCCAUCCAAACCUGCCUCUCCAACUACUUGUGAUAGUUCAUGUGACAGAUUAUCAGUUGGGGUAUCAGGCCCAGAUUCUGCCACAGUAGAGUAUCGAGUCGAGUUCAGAAAGAAACAGGAGACUGAAUGGACAUCUUACCCUGUACAGGAGAUUCAUGGAACAGUGCUUUUGUCAGGACUGAAGCCAGAGACUGAGCAUGAGAUCAGAGUCACAGCUGUCGGUAAACGCGGCUAUGCUGUCAGCAGUGAUGUUGUUACUGCUGUAACCAAAGCCCUUAGCCCACCAAUCAACGUUAAAGUAACACAAGUGAAGGCAAACUCCAUCACAUUGACCUGGUCAUCUCCAGAACAGUAUGAAGAUCUUAAACAGUACAUCAUUGAGUAUAAGGAGGAAAACAGUGAUUGGCACAAAGAUCACACCAGAGAGAAUGUGAACAUAUUUACUUUGAAGAACCUGAAAUCGAAUACCACAUACUGCAUUAGGAUGUGUACAGAUGCUGAUGAAGUAAUGAGCAAACCUAGUCAAGAAAUAAAGAUUAAAACGAUGAAACAAACACCACAUAAAGAUAAGCUUACUGUCCUCCCAGGUACCCCACCAGUAUAUCUGUUAAAGAUGAAAACAGGACCAGGUCAGGUCAACAACCCUUCAAACAAAACCAUCAUGCUUGUUGGUGUCACUGGAUCUGGCAAAACGACCCUCAUCAAUGCCAUGGCCAACUACAUACUGGGUGUUGACUGGAAAGACAACUGGAGAUAUAAACUGAUAGAUGAAGAGAACCAUAAAUCACAAGCACACAGUCAGACUUCAGAGGUGACAGCCUAUCAGAUUCAUCAUGAAGAUGAUUUCCAAAUUCCUUAUUCAAUCACAAUCAUUGAUACCCCAGGGAUUGGGAACACCAGAGGAAUCAAACAAGACGAGGAGAUCAAAGAAAGAAUAAGACAGUUUUUCUUGCAUAGUAAUAGCAUUGAUUCAAUUGAUGCAGUGUGUUUUGUAGUGCAAGCUGCUUUAGCCCGUCUAACAUCAACACAGAGAUAUAUCUUCAACUCCAUCCUCUCCGUUUUUGGGAAGAACAUUGUCAACAACAUCAUCACUCUGGUCACUUUUGCUGACAAUCAACAUCCGCCUGUACUGGAAGCCAUCAAAGAGGCCAACAUUCCAUGUGCCACACAAGCAGAUGGGAUCCCUGUCCAUUUCAAGUUUAACAACUCUGUUCUCUUUGCAAACAACACAGGAUGCAGCAAUGGUGAGGUAGACUUUGAUUACAUGUACUGGCAAAUAGGGCAGGACAGUAUGCAUAGGUUCUUCACUCAGCUAGGCACAAUGGAAACCCAGAGUCUGACGCUGACAAAGCAAGUUCUCCAAAAACGUAACCAUUUGGAGGAAGUUCUUAAGGAAGUACAGCAACUCAUCGGAAAGGAGUCAUCAAUCAUGGAGGAAAUGAAUGCCAGGCAAACUGAACUGGACAACCACAAGAAACAAAUGAAGCAAAACGAGGACUUUGAAUCUGUACUAGAGAUUAAGAAAUCUCAACAUGUUCCCACUGAAACGGGAAAAUUCGUCACCAACUGCCAUACAUGCAACUUUACUUGCCACUACCCCUGCUCCACAUCACAUGAUACAGACAAAGGUAACUGUUCUGUGAUGGCAAAUGGAAAAUGUACAGUUUGUCCAGGGAAAUGUGUGUGGAGUGUUCAUUUCAACAAUGAUUACAGAUGGGAAAUUACACUUGAGGAAGAGAAAAGGAUACACCAGGACUUGAAAGAUAAAUAUGAAGAAGCAAUGAGAGAGAUGAAAAACACAGAAAAAAUUGUGUCCGAUUUGGAAGAGGAACAUCGCCAAGUGCAGAGGAAGGUGGUAGAAGUGAUGGAAAAUAUAACGGAAUGUUUGCAGGAUCUGAAGGAGAUUGCACUCCGGCCAGAUCCUUUGUCUACUCCAGACUACAUUGACUUGCUAAUAGAGUCACAGAAACAGGAGGCCAAACCUGGAUUUCACCAGCGCAUCCAAGAGUUACACGAUGUAAGAGAGGAUGCUAUUCUCGUGCAGCAAGUGGUAGAGAAAAUCACUACAGAAGUAAUGCCAACAUGUCCAUUCAAGAUAAUUGAUUACUUGUAA